AUGGACUGUGGGGCCGGGCUCGGCGUGUACCGAGCUGAGUCAAACAGUGGAUCAAUGACAAGCUGCAAAACGAUCUGGCUGUUUGGACUGUUCAUCAAGCACAUCCUGCUCAAGCGCGUCAAAGGGCUGCCGACGGCGCGUCAAGCGGGGGAAGAGUUGUGCAAAACGGAAGGACAGUCAUCAACUGUAUCCCGAUCAUCGGCCAGCAGUGGUGCCGGGCAGAUCCUCGCCGAUCUCCUCCGCGUGGAUCAAGCGGGCCCAAGGCCUCCAAUUCUUCACAUCCGAAAAGAUCGGUCAAGCAUCGAACAGGUCGGGUGCCCGAUUGCCUCUACAUACAUCCAUUCCUCCCUCCGGUCGGAAGCCGGUUGUCUUCCGGGUUCUAUCCAGUGUGGGCGGGUGGGACAAACUAAACAGCAAGUCCCGCAGCUCGAAACGGGCCUACUCGCCACCAAAUACUUCGUCAUCGCGUUGGCUCUCGUCGAGGAGCAACUGACAGUCGAGAAAGCCAGCGACGCCAGCCGAGUUAGUCCUCAGUCCAGACUCAAAUCUCUUGAUGGUGUCAAGUUGAAGAUAGUUGACCCUUCCGUCAAAUCCUAA